AUGUAUCAAGCCAUAGUUAGACCUCUAAUCUCAUAUGGAGCUGUGGUAUGGUGGCCCAGGGUUGAGUAUAAAAAUUCGGCCACGGCACUUCAGCGGCUCCAGAGAUUGGCUUGUCUUGGCGUCACAGGAGCCAUCCGGACAGCACCUACUGCUGCUCUGGAGGUUUGGCUGGGUUUACCUCCCCUUCCGCUUUAUAUUAAAGCGGAGGCGGGUAUGGCAGCAUUUAGACUGCGAUCAGCGGGUACAUGGAAGGUGGGCUGCCAUCCGGUGGGUCACAUGGGCAUAAUGGACUCACUUAUUCGUAGGCAUCCCAAUCUUCUUAUGAGGGAUGAUUUUCAGUUAAAGGAAAGAUUACCUCAAAAGAAUUUAAAACCCAUACUUCACUCGAGGGCUGAAUGGAGAGAAAGCGCGGGGGAGAUUAUCGAACCCGGUAUGAUUGCACUCUUCACUGAUGGCUCACGGGUAGAGGGAUCCUCUGGCGCCGGAUACUAUUGUCCGGAACUCGGACUUAGUGGAUCGGUGCCUAUUGGCCGAAAUACCACUGUAUUUCAGGCUGAGAUCACAGCAAUUCUGAUCGGAGUACGGAGCCUCAUUGAGGCCGGAGUCUCUGACAAACAAAUAAAUAUAUUUUCUGACAGCCGUGCUGCCCUAUUAUCCAUUUCCGGAUACAACUCCCGUUCAUCGCUGGUGCUUGAGUGUCGAGAAAUGAUAGAAAUGGUCUCGCACUACCGCGAGGUCUUUCUUCAUUGGGUACCGGGGCACUGCGGGAUAGCGGGGAAUGAGGAGGCAGAUCGCCUUGCGGUGGCAGGGGCGAAAACCGAAUUUAUUGGUCCCGAACCUGCCGUCGGAAUAUCCCGCCAGAUGAGGAAAACCAUCAUUAAGGAGGAUUUACUUUCACAACAUCAAACGCUCUGGGCAGGUACAGAAAACUGUCGUGUAUCCAGACUGUUUAUGCCAAGUGUGGACAGUAAAAGGACAGAAUAUCUGGUGGGCAGCAGUCUUUAUAACACAAGACGAGUACUGCUGGGUAAAGCGGUGCUCGCUUGGGAAGAAUUAUCUAAACUGAAGCCGGCCCGUCUAAUGGAAUUCAUCCGAAAGACUGGCUGGCUAGGUACAGACAGCAGAUGA